AUGGCUGCUAGUUUAAUCCAACCGAAGGAAAAGAGGAAGCUCUCUGAACUUGAGGAUAUCACGAACAGUAAUACAUAUCAUAAUAAGAAGAUGAAGGCCAAUAAUAUCAAUACUACUAGUGCCCGUCAGUACAAGGACCCGGCUCCACAACAACAAAGGUCCCCUUCUCCCACCGACAUGACCCCUAGUUCUCGAGUUGUCUCGUCACCUCCUUCAAAGACAAGGUCCAAAUCUGUUCUGUUUGCCACCAACAGUUUUAAUCAUCAAAAUCCACAUAAACAAUAUCAAGAGUCUCCCUUAUUGACUCCAAAGGAGGAAGAUGAUUAUGAUGAAGUGGAUACUUGUAGUUCCAAGUCUAACGAUGCCUCAAAUUCAUCGUUUGACCUUGACUUGGAUAAUAAUCCUGAUUACAUAGCUCUUUCAUCAACCCUUCGUUUACUUUAUUCUUCAAAGAAUGAAAUUAGUGGACAAAUUAGAAACUUAUCACAACUAUUGGAAUUCCAUUCAAAAACUUCAAAUAAGGAAGAUGUGGUUGAAUUUGUCCUUAAGCUAAUUAAUAACGAAUUAAACCUUCCUAAACAAAAUAAGGUUAUACAAACACCAGUGAUCGAAUGGACCAAGUACCAUCAAGGCUUGAAUGUUGGUGAUUGGUCGUCGAAAGAUGAAAAGCCCUUGUUCAAGACAUUACAUUUGUUUGACAAUUGA